AUGGCGUCUCCUAGGUGGGGAGGCGACUUCUCGCCGUCCGCCCCUCCCUUGAAUGUGGAUAUAGAUCAGAACGACCCUUUUAUUGAUACGGAUAAUUCGCCCGAAGAUGACAGAGAACCACCACGUCGAUAUUCCCACCUUUUCGCCCUGGGUUCCAGUGCCUCGCCAGCCCAGGCAAAACGAGCACUAGAAGCACACCUGGCCGAGACAGACCGCCGGAUGGAAGAGGCCGGGAAGCUGGGCACUGCUUUGGUGCAGCAGCGAAUGGAGCUUGCUCAGCGGCUCGAAGAGGUGGAACAGCUGCAAGCCGAGGAAGAGGUCACUGAGGAUCUGCGACAGAAGCUCGUCGAAAUUGAGAAAGACUACAAUGAUGUGGCAAGGGAAAGUGCGAGGGCAUUUCUUCCCAAACCCCGGAUUCCUAGCAACGAAGCUGCAGCUGGUUCGCCGUUCGUGCCUGAAGGCAAAGGUGGUAGAGGGCGUUCCGUUAGCCCUUCCAAGUUCGAAGCCCAAGCUACGGCUUCUCCAACAAAGCUUAGUGUGCCGAAUCGAAAGCUCCGCAAUCAGCCCGCCAACCGCAUACAUGAUAUAGAGUUCGCUGCUGAGAUUAGUCAGUCACUUAUUGUUCAAGUAAGGAAUCUUCAGCAGUUGUUGGCCGAAAGAGAAGAAGAGCUUCGAGAUGUCAAGCUGGAAAAGUCCAAGCUGGAGUAUGACGCCGAGGGCUAUCAGCAGCGAGUCAAGGCUUUGGACGAGAGCCAGAACAAGUACAAGGAUGAGAACUGGAGUCUGGAGACACAGGUCCACGAAUUGAUGGCAUCUCAAAGAGAGUCUGCAGAUCGCGAAAAGAAGCUGCAUCAGACUGUCAGCAUCCUCCAGGCCGAAAAAAAUAAUGCGCAGCGGGAAUUGGACGAGGUUAAGCUCAAUCAUGCCAAGUUAUCCGAAGAGCACACGGCCGCCGUUAAGCAUCAUGAUACCGAGCUAGGUGCCGCCAAGCGAAACAUUGUCGUUGCUGAUUCGGAACGAGCAACCUUGCUACGCAAGAUUGAGGAUUUGACUGGGCAAAAUCAAGAGCUAGCAAAGGCCGUUUCGUCCCAGAGAGGCAGAGCCCUCGAUCGCCCAGAACCUCUAGGUACGAGUGAUGAGGACUUCCUGACAGCCAACGACAACGAUACCCCGGAACACUCCCCUCCGCCGUCGCCCAUCAAGGGAACGCCUCGCCAUGCCAUGCUAGAGUCGGAAACCCUCAGGACUUCACUCCAACAUGCUCAACGCACCAUUCAAAGUCUCAGAACGAACGUUCACCGAGAGAAGACCGAGAAGCUCGAACUCAGACGAAUGCUUCAAGAUGCCCGCGACGAGCUUGAGAAGGAGCGAAGUGACCCUGCUCCGAAACCCGUCAGCAAGCGCAACAGCAAGGGUCCCUCUCGCGACUUCAAGAAACCACCCCGACUGCUUGGUGGUCUCCGGAGCGCUCGUAGCGAAGUCGUUGCUCCCGAGGAUCUUGAAUGGGAGGACCAGGCGAGCCAAGUUGGUUCUAGUCCUGCACAGCCUCCGCCUCGUCAGCAGGUUUCGGGCCAUUUCGCUCCUGUUACCGAAAGCGUUGAGACGGCCAACUUCGACACCGCGAAUGAGACGAGUGAUCAAGCAUUCGAAACAGCCAAUGAACAGGGUACCGAGACCGACGACUUCCAGACUGGUGCCGAAGAGUUCUCCAGUGACGAUGCCGAGACCGAGACAGAUAGUCCUAGCAAGCGAAACACAAUCAGAGGCCGACCUGCUGGACUGCCACCGGCACAUUCCCGAACCAUCUCCAAUUACAGUACUGCAUCUACCGAGGACGAGUACGAGUUUGAUGACAUGCGCACACCAACGUCUCAGUUGCCAGGACUACAAAAUAGAUUUCCUCUGCGAGUCAGCCGAGGCGGUUUCCGUCGCUCGAGACAGGCUAGUGAAGACACUAUUUUCCAGAGCAGUCCUGCAGGCCUUAGUGGCAGCACUGGUGGUACUCCUCAACCGAACCAGAGCCUGGCAGCUGAGCUUGGUGACUUCGAUGGUAGUGACAAUGAGUCCAACAUGUCAGUCACUCCUAGCAAGAGGAGCAUUCACCAAGUAUCGAGACCUGGUUCCAUGAGGGGCACGACUGCGUCUCCGCCACCCCCUCUUCCUCGCCCACGCAGGGUCACUAUGGUGAACAGCGGUAUGAUGACGGAACCUCUUUCCGAAUCCUUGCGCACUCUACCUGUGGGCGCCGCGGGUCAAGAACGACCGGUGUCCACGGCCACGGUUAUAAGUGGCAUUUCUGACUACAGCGAUGCUGGGACGCUCAACAUGGAGGAAAAUCUUGCUAAGUUCCCAUCGCCUCCUACCUCGCCUCCCAAGCGCGAGUUCAAUCUCUCCGAUGUGCACGCUCGUGAUGUCGCGCCUGUCGAAGAGCCAGAUCACCACGGUGCCGAAUUGGACGCACUUAAACGUGGCCAUGCUAAGCAAAUCGAAGACAUACAUGCAGAGAAGAAUACCGUUCACUCAGCCGCGCUUGCUGCUUUGGAAUCUCAGCAUGCCGAUCUGCUGAGCCGCGCGAUCGCGGAGGCUCGAGCUGCACAUGAUCAUGAACUCGAAAUCCUGAAGUCUGGACACGAUGACGAGAAGGCUCGAGCAGCUGUCGAUGCUAGCGCAGCUCAUACACGGGAGCUCGAAGCCUUGCAGGCCAUCCACGCAGAAAAGAUUGCUGUGAUGGAAUCAGAUCACAAGGCAACACAUGCAUCCGAGAUUGAUGCUCUCAAGGCCAGUCACUCAAACCAACUAGCAAACUCAGAAAAGACUCGUUCAGACGCUCAUGCCGUCGCACUUGCAGCACUUGAGGCUACCUAUUCCGAACGUUUAUCAGCUUCUGAGAAGGCACACGUUGAAGCCCACGCUGCUGAACUUGAUUCUCUUAGGGCUAGCCACUCCGAACAAUUUUUGGCCGCGGAAGGAGCACGCGCAGAAGCUCACAAGGCCGAGAUUGAAGCACUCAAGGCCAGCCAUGCUGAACAGCUCGAGGCUUUCAAGAAAUUACGCGAAAAAGCUCACGCUGAUGAGCUUGCUAUGCUUGUUACAGCACAUGCCUCGCAGAUCGAGCUCGCCAGAAAGGAGCUCAACGACAGCCACGCAAGAGAUCUGGAUACUCUGAAAGCGGCCCACGUUGCUCAGAUUGACAAGGCCAAGGAGAGCAGUGAUGCUAGCCAUGCAGAAGAGCUCGAACUUCUCAAGUCUACUCACCUCAGCCAAAUCGACGAGACCAAGAAUGCAAUCGCUGCUACUCAUAAACAGGAACUCGAGGCCCUCAAGGCUGCUCAUGCGACGCAGGUUGAACAGUCCAAGAAGGAGAACGAGAGUUCCCGCGUAACCGAAAUUGCGGCCCUUGCCGCUUUGCACACCCAGCAGCUUGACAAGUCCAAGGCUGAAAGUCAAGUUAAACUUGCCAGCGAGCUAGAGUCUUUGAAAUCGGCGCACAAUCAGCAGCUAGAAUCGUUCAAGAUACAGGCGGAGGAGCAGCUCGCCAAGCAGCUAGACAAUCUAAGGACUGCGCAUACGGAGAAGCUCCACGCGUCGCAAACCGAGAGUGGUGCCAAGCUGGCUGCUGAAUUAGAGGCGCUCAAGCUGGCACACAACAGUACAUUAGAAUCGUCCAAGGCCGAUGCUGAGAAGGAAAUGGCCCAGCAGAUUGCCACUCUUCAGGCUGAACAUUUAACGCAAGUUGAGAAUAUCAGAGCUGCGGAAGCAGCGAACCUGACGCGUGAAAUCGAAUCUCUCAAAUUAGCGCAUGUUAAAGAACUCGAAAACGCAAUAAUCGAGAGGGACACUGCCCACGGUACCGAAAUUGCCGCUUUGAAAGACUCUCACGCCAAGGAAUUGAAUGAGUCUGCUAGGAAGAGGGACGCGUCGCAUGCCGCUGCACUGGCCGCUUUAGCUAUUGCUCAUGACAAGGAGCUCGCAGCAUCAAAAUCGGAUGCAGAGGAGAGACUGGCUAAGGAGAUUGCGUCGCUCAGGGAUUCGCAUGCCCAGGACCUGGACAAGCUGAGGAGUGAACACGCGGCGACGCAUGCCAAAGAAUUGGAGGUAUUUGAAGCAGCUCUUGCUAAGCAGCUUGAAUCAUCCAAGUCUGAGGGAGAUGCAGCCCAUAACGAACAAAUCGAAGCCUUGAAGGCUGCAAAUGCGGAGAUCGUCGAUGCCCACAAACGAGACAGCCAGAAGGGUUUGGAGCAAGCGCUGACCCUGGCAAGAGCUGACCAUGAGCGCGAACUCGAAGUUGUGCGUAGUGACCACGCGGCCACCCGGUCUCGGGAAAGUGAAAAGUCUGCUUCGAUGCAUGCCGCUGAAAUGGCCGCCCUUGGGGCCGCGCUCGCAGCUGCCAAGACCGAAGAAAUUGAUGCACUGACUUCCCAACACGAGCAGCGCAUGACUUCGCUCCAAGAUGAGCAUGCCGUUGCCAAGGCUGGAGAGUUGGAUGAGUUGUCUGCUCGUUACGCAAAGCAGAUCGAGGAUCUAAUGGCUGCCGCUGCCACCGCCAAAGCCAUCGCUUUGGAAGAAGUAAAUUCCAACCACCAACGUGCAGUUGCCGAUAUUCGUGCCGAAGCGUCAGCAUCGAGAGAGAAGGAAUUUGGAGAAUUGACUUCCCGUCAUCAACGUGAAAUCGAUAAUCUAAAAGCGGACGCGUCGGCAUCGCGCGCGGCUGAACUUGCGGCUCUCGCAUUGCAACACCAGGAACACAUCGAUACACUCGACGCCGAAGCAGCUUCAUCGAAGAGCAAAGAAUUAGACGACUUGAGGACUGGACACGCUACUCAGCUCGAUUCUCUCAAGGGUGAGCAUGAAGCCGCCGUUGCUAGACUUGCAGCAGAACUCGCUGCAAGUCACGCUCUUCAGCUAGAGGCUCAUCGGUCGGACCACGAAGCAUCCCGAGCCAAGGAUUUGGAGACUUUGGGUGCAGAACACACAAGCCAGCUUGAAUCACUCCGAGAAGAGCACGAAAACUCACGGUCAAAGGAUUUGGAACAGCUCAAAUCGGAGCACUCAGUCUUCCUUGCUUCUGUGCGCGCAGAACAUCAGUCUGUCAUGGAUGCCGCUCUUGAAAACCUCCGAGCAAAUCACAUGAGCGAAAUCGAUUCUCUGGGCGGCAGCCAUGCCACCAGCCUUGAAACGGCCUUGUCGACCAUCAAAUCAGGCCACGCGGAAGAGUUGGAGGGUCUCAAAACCACGAAUGAUGCUGCUUUGGCCGAAGCCAUCAAGAAAGCCAGCGCAGAACAUGCACUAGCAUUGGAGACGCAGCAAUCGAACAUCCAAUCCAGGCAUUUGGAAGAGAUGGCAAGCCUUAGAGUAGCAAAUGAUGCCGCCUUGGCUCUGGCGCUGGAGAAAGCUAACUCCGAACAUUCCAUUGCGCUGGAAACUCAACGGUCAGAGAUUCAAUCGAAGCAUACGAGAGAACUGGCGGACCUCAAAACCGCAAAUGACGCUGCUUUAGCCCAAAUAUUGGAAAGGACUAACAAUGAGCAUGUACUAGCCUUGGAGACUCACAACUCGACCAUUCAAUCUAAACAUGCGAAAGAAUUGGGUGAUCUCAAAACGGCAAAUGAUGCUGCCUUUGCUCAAGCGUUGGAGAGGACUAAUAAUGAGCAUACACUGGCGUUGCAAGCACAUCACGCUCAGAGCUCAGCGGAGCACGAUAAGAUGCUCGCUAGUCACGCCUCCGAGCUGGAGGCGCUCCGACAGGCACUUACGAUUGCUCCUCCACUUUUGGGUUACUCAUCCAUGAGCACUGUUGAAACAGAGCCCAUCGAGGAGCCGGAGCCUCUGCGCAGCCCCAACCGUGAAGCUUUUGUCCUUUCACACGACACAAAACACCCACAAACACCGCCAACCUCCGCACUUGGAAUCUUCGGUAAGAGAAGUAAGGGCACAGUUACACCGGUCAUCGCCGAAGAUGAUACGCGCCAAUCCCCGAACGCCACGAAUAGUCCUGAGACUCCCGAGUCACAAAGACCGUUCAAGGAGAUGUCUACAAACACCGAUGCACGCCCUGCCCGGAAACAACCUUUCCCAAUGACGGAUCAUAGUGUCCAGACUGCGUUAACGUCUGAUGGUAUUGACCGUUUGAUGUUGAAGAAUCGUCGCCAAAACUCGCAGGAUUCUUCAAAGAUCGCUGCAGGGCCCAGCCUAGUCCUCACACCAUUCGAUGAGGCAACACCAUCAACAGUGCGACAUAAGCCCUCACAAGACAGCCUUGGCAACACUAAGCUUCGAGGCCAUCCGGGUGACUCUGGGAUUCUCGCAGCUCCUGUACCAGUCCCCAUCCGGCGUCCUGGAAGUUCAGGCAGUACUCGGGGCUCGCAGCAGGCCAUGCCGCCCUUGCCUGCUAAUCACAAGGAAGUGAUCGAGGCCGCCCGAACUGGGUCAUCUCAUGAGGCUAGAGGCACCAUGGGACCGCCUUUGCUCCCUGCAUCCGCCUACAAAACUCAACCGGAACGACCUUACUCUGCACGCGACCGUCCGCUGUCGCCUCUGUCGGGCCGCGGUACGCCAACUCCUCGAGCUGUUAGAACAGGCUCGACACUGGGACAUCCUGAUGUUCACUCCCCUACCAAGAUGAGUGCUCGCAGUCGUCAAUCCUCUAUCUCGUCCUUCACGUCCGAAAUCGAUAACAGGUUCAACAUCCGAGGCGACAUGAUGGGCGCUGGCAACUUUGCGGGGCCUAAUACGGAUCCUCGCAUGAUCCAGGCAAUUACCCAAACCAUGAUUGGCGAGUACCUCUGGAAAUAUACUCGCAAGGCUGGCCGUGGUGAAAUGUCCGGUAACCGACACAGGAGGUAUUUCUGGGUUCACCCUUAUACCCGUACUCUGUAUUGGAGCGACCGUGACCCCUCGGCGGCCGGUCGGUCUGAGCUGAGAGCCAAGAGUAUACCUAUCGAGGCAGUACGUGUUGUCAGUGACGACAACCCUAUGCCGCCUGGCUUGCACCGGAAGAGUUUGGUCAUUGUUUCUCCAGGACGAACAGUAAAGGUCACCUGCACCACAGGCCAACGGCACGAGACCUGGUUCAACGCCCUAUCUUACCUGCUGUUGCGCACCGGUGACGAAGGACACAACGAGGCAGAGGAUGCUGGAGGCAACCUCACUCAGGAGGAUGUUGACGAGUUCAAUCCGCCUUAUGGCCGGCGCUCGGUGAAUAGUAACCGCCGUGCGCCGCCUUCGCUUUCGUCGUACAACUCAAGGACAACUCGCAAUGAAUCCCCAAACAUCGACCUUUCAAUUCCGACCUUGACGCCAACCCAUGAGAAGACUGCUCCAUCUAGGCCUGGCACACUGCGAGGCUUGCUCAACAGGACUAGCACAUCAGGGAGCUUCUUCAGCAUGCGUACCAGAAGUCAUACACCUCAUUCACAAGGGAAUGCUAUCUAUGAGGCAAGCGAGGUCAACGAUAGUGCUGAAGAGUUGCGGCAUAUUAUUGAGCGACAAGAUAGAGAAUCGGACAGGCUGGAGAAUGUCCGAGCAUGCUGUGAUGGUAAACAUGACGUCGGAACGUUAUCGCGAAGCUCCAAUCGUCGCCCUGGCCAUGCACACACUCACUCCCACUCGCAUCCAGCACAGUUAACAGCACCAACGACACCCAUGGACACCUUGAAGACCAAAGCAUAA